GUACCUAGGCUUCGUACUGUGGCCCAACUUCUGUACGAAUUUAACCUCUAACCGAAGUCGGCGCUCCUUCAUGCAUUUUACAAAUACCGAUUAGAUCGUAUUAAUAACUAUUUCUGCUGAGUGUUCAGCGAUGAUCGCGAAUCGCAUAUAGAUAAUAAAUACCUUUUCAUUGAUCGUGAAAUGGAAUUCUAUCAGAAAAUAUCAAAUAAAUUAAAAAACAAAUUUCGCGGACUAUUUAAAAGUUCUACCCGACGCUAUGGUAUUCCUUUCAUGCUAUUUGUUCUCGUUGGAUCAUUUGGUCUCAAGGAGGUCACUUCGAUAAGAUAUCAGUAUCGCGACGAUGGUCCAUUACUUCACGAAGAAGCUAAGAAAGCUGGAAUUGAUAUGAAAAAGCCAGGCGAAGUGACAUUAGAGACAGUUUAUGACUCCGUCAAGGACCUUGACAUAGAUAAUUGGGAAAACAAAAGAGGACCAAGGCCCUGGGAGGAAAACACCUGGACAUAGUAUUGAUAAAGGAAGAAAAGUAUAUUCGGGAGAUGCCAAUGAUACUGUUUUCAUUUGUUUUAAUGCUACUUGGUACAGUGUUGCAUAGUAGAAUAUUUUAAUGUUAAUUCAAAAUAAAAUGUAAAAGAAAGUAAGUGAACAGACAUCAUUUUUGUGUUCUUGGCGUAGCCGCGUUUUCGCUACAAAAAUAUUUUCUGUAUAUAUGUAUAUUUCGUAUAUAAUGACUAAUUUCUAUCUGUUCCUCACGCUGAAAAUACAAUGAAUUCUUAUUACCAAAAGUAAUUAAUAAAGUAUUUUCAAAACUAGAUUGUUCAAAUCAGUCAAUUUCGGCAACCCAAAGAACGGAAUGUCAUUCCUGAAUGACGUGAAUUUGACGUCUAAUUUUUCAUUCAUAAUAUACAUCAAUAGAAAAAUCAUACAUGCAUCGGUUUCAAAUACGUUGGAGAUAAUUGCCAAAAUAGUGUUGCUAUUAUGCCAAUUAAUUGAUGGUACACUAUGGAUGUAAAACUUAUUCUCGCUUUUCAUAUCUUUAUAAACCAUUAAAUGGGUGCACAAAUUUUUUUUUU